CCGAGAAAAAUGGAACGCGUUUAGGACGAUCGGGAGAAAAUCCGGGAGGAAAUUCGGAAUGAAAGUUCGGGGCGGUCGCGCAAUUUUUUCGUCGUCGCGGGACCUCGUAGCGAAGGAAGCCGAUGCGCGCUCGAGAGGGUGGCAUAAAUUAGGCCAUUUUCGCAGCCGCGUUGCAAUAUCGAAGCAAUCUCUUUGCGCUCGUCAGCAUAGACAGAUGGUCGGACGGUAGUGGUACCAGAACCAUCUGGUACGCAAACGGUUAAUAAAAGAGCAAGCAAAUUCGAUGUUGACUCCGCCGAAGCGGCGAUUGAAAAAGUUGGAUGUCUUGUUGGACGAGUCUGAUACCGCGUUGUAACGUAGAAAUCCGAAACACUGCAAAAGCGUUAAACAUGUGUACACGUCCUGUAACGAAUGAAUGCAAUGCGAGCAACGUUUCGGGACAAGAUAAUUCGUUACGAGGUAUACGAAUCGGAGCCAGAAGAAGAUGGAGAACGAUAAGAAGACAGCCAAGAACGAAGAGAAAGAUGAAUAAGAAGGAGAAGGCGAAGAAGACGAAGAAAAAAAGUAAGGGAAGAAGAAGAUGUCGCGAAACGUUACGUUUCUCAACGCGGAAUUUCGAUGACGUCGUGGACGCACCACCGACGAGGACGAUAACCACACAAUGACAGCGAUCCGAUCUCGAUGACGAGCGACAAGGAGAGAGACGAGGAGCCGAAGCAACGGAAUCUCGGACCAGAGAAUCAAGAAGAGCAAGUCGAAGAGACCCGCGAUUGGCUGUUCCCCAUCGAGUGGAGGGGUCGUCAACGGGGGCGAGACGAACCGGUCGGGUAGGGGUUGCUGAAUGAGUAGCGAGACGUCCGGCGUCGCGACGCACUCCGUCCCAAUCACCCCGACGGGCAAACCAAUGUCCGACUGCUCCGGCGAAAACGAUCCAGAGCCGAGAGAAUCCUCGUCGACGGGCAACCGAGCGAAAAAGAUCGACUGAUCUGAGAAACGAACAGACGGCCGUGUCUCCCUCCCGACGACGAAGGAUUGGAAAGGAGAAAGGAAACGACGCGCCGCUGUAUCCAAACCACGAUACGCGUUUCGAGGAAGAAACGUUCGACGAAUACGAGAUCGAUAACGAACGAAAAGCCUAACAAAAAUGAUGCUCCCGAUUGUUAUCUUUAUCUCCGCGCUUACCACACUUUCGACUUUGAUUCUGGCUGUUCCUCUGACCGAUUUUAAGAAUAAUCUGAACAGAAAUGCGAUCAACAAUGUGGUCUCCCCCUGCUCCGCUAAUGAAGCUUGUUGGGAAGUAUUACCAGUAAAGGAAGAGAUUCGCGGAAAUAUUCCUAUGGAAGAAGUCGUACCAAAAAUACACACACGAAGAGAAGCAGCGAGCGUAGAUCCUAACACGAUUAUAGACUCAUGGGGGGAGAGUGCUCCUGUAAUAGACAAAAGGGCUGACGCGUUGUUGCAGAAUGCUAAGCAAACUAAAAAUAAAUUGCCGAAGAAGGAUGUAAUUAUGUCACGUAGCUGGGGUGCUGGCGGAAUGCCGUUUUCUGUCCUUUACAUGAGUCCUCAUAGUCUCCGUACAAAUUAUGCCAGUUCUGCACAACAAGAGGUGCCAAAAACAAACGACGCUUCUACACCUUCUGCGACACAUCCUGAUUAUCGUAUCACAUUACGCAAUGGAGGUUCGUCACAGCCAAGAAGACAAUAUUCGAUAAUACCACAAUUGUUUAUAUCUUAUGGAUGGGGCCCAUUUGGCAAAUGAGGAAAGUCUACCAAUCGAAGUACUACUACUAAGUGAUCUCAUGAUUUGGGCAACUGCACAGACACUUCUAGAAAUUCUUGAAUGUACAUCUAUAAAAAGUUGAUUUAGAACAAGUUUCAUUUCGAUAUCAGUUCUACCUCAAAAACUCCUUUUGUCGUGCGUAACGUAAAGACAAAGUGUAAAAAUAAAUAAAUAUUCAAUUAUUUUUCAACUCACCAUUCAUCUCUUUCAUUGCUUUGAUGAAGUCCUGCGGAUCUUUGAAGGAAACGAAGCCGAAACCUUUCGUUUUGUUUGUUCUUUUGUCCCUAACUACUUUUGCCUUUUGAAAACUGGGAUAUUUGCCAAACACUCUCACCAACAUUUCAUCUGUGACAUCAUUUCCUAGGUCUCCGCAAAAUAUUCGGAAAUCAUCUGCAUGUACAAAGAAAAUAUUGUAAGCUAUAUGUAAAGCAGAAGAAAAUUUAUAAACGAUA